CGGGGCGGGCUUUUAAUGAAGGGAUGGGCGGUGGGAAAGAUGGCGGCGACUCUAGAACUCUCUGGGUGGUGGCAGCGGUGGCGGCAGCGUUUGUCGGCUCGGAAUGGGUCCAGGAUGUUGCUCCUUCUUCUUUUGAUGGGGUCUGGGCAGGGACCACGGCAAGUCGGGGCGGGUCAAACGUUCGAGUACUUGAAACGGGAGCAUUCGCUGUCGAAGCCCUACCAGGGUGUGGGCACGGGCAGUUCCUCACUGUGGAAUCUGAUGGGCAACGCCAUGGUGAUGACCCAGUAUAUCCGCCUUACCCCAGAUAUGCAAAGUAAACAGGGUGCCCUGUGGAACCGGGUGCCGUGCUUCCUGAGAGACUGGGAGUUGCAGGUGCACUUCAAAAUCCACGGACAAGGGAAGAAGAAUCUGCAUGGGGAUGGCUUGGCAAUCUGGUACACGAAGGAUCGGAUGCAGCCAGGGCCUGUGUUUGGAAACAUGGACAAAUUUGUGGGGCUGGGAGUAUUUGUAGACACGUACCCCAAUGAGGAGAAGCAGCAAGAGGCCCAGAAGAGGCGAUAUUCUCCAGGAGUCCAGCGGGUCUUCCCCUAUAUCUCAGCCAUGGUGAACAAUGGCUCACUCAGCUAUGAUCAUGAGCGGGAUGGGCGGCCUACAGAGCUGGGGGGCUGUACAGCCAUUGUCCGCAAUCUGCACUAUGACACCUUCCUUGUGAUUCGCUAUGUCAAGAGACAUUUGACGAUAAUGAUGGACAUCGAUGGCAAGCAUGAGUGGAGGGACUGCAUCGAGGUGCCUGGGGUCCGUCUGCCCCGGGGCUACUACUUUGGCACCUCCUCCAUCACUGGGGAUCUCUCGGAUAAUCACGACGUCAUCUCCCUGAAGUUGUUUGAACUUACGGUGGAGAGAACCCCAGAAGAGGAGAAGCUGCAUCGAGAUGUGUUCCUGCCCUCGGUGGACAACAUGAAGCUGCCUGAAGUGACUGCCCCAUUGCCCCCACUGAGUGGCCUGGCCCUCUUCCUCAUCGUCUUUUUCUCGCUGGUGUUUUCCGUAUUUGCCAUUGUCAUUGGUAUCAUACUGUACAACAAAUGGCAGGAACAGAGCCGGAAGCGUUUCUACUGAGCUAUCCCACUACUGCCGUGCCUGCGGCUGUCACCGUGAGCCAGCGCUGGCCCGAGUGUCGAGCCAGCUGGGUCUUCUCCAGUCUCCAGCAGCUGGUCAGGGACUCUGUUCUCUCACUGGAGCUUUGAAUGCAGGGAUACUGCAUUGCCAUGGUGAUCCAUGGGGACAUUUAGCUGGUUCAGGAAGCCCACCUACCCCAGGGCAGCUCUGCUGUGAUGUGCCUUUCCCUGCAGUCCUUCCACUUGGGAGCUAAGAGGGACAGAGAGAAUAUAUACGGUUCUGAUGCCAAAAAUCAGAGAAAAGAAUUUCAUAGCUCAGGCUGCCUUGUUGUUGGACUCAGAGGAUCGUUGUGUUUCAUUUUUAAAUCCAUAGAGAACACAACACGGAUAACUCCUCAUACCUUCCAGGCAUACAUUUGGUGGUUUUUUUCUUUUCGUCCAAGCCUCUGUCCACCUGAGGAAUCCUCCCUGGAAAUCCGGAUGGAAAC